AGAAUCACGCUGCAAAUCAAACACCAUGAGCCUGGUUUUAAACUUUAAACGUAGACUUGGACUUGACAUUUAUAUCCCAUCCCAUCCAUCCAUUCAUCGCCAUAGCCUUUAGUAACUGUAAACAAAGCUUAGCCUCUCUCUCUCAUCUCGCUUUUACAAUUAAUGCAACUGUCCAUCAACCAGCAAUGCUUUCCCCUCUUCUACUUCUUUUUUCAACACCCAGAUCGUAAUCGUUCACAAAGGUACCUCUUUCCUCCCAAAAUUUCAUCUUUUUCUUACCUGUUUUUCGUAGUUUAAGUUGAUUUGAAAUCCCCUUCCCUUUUUGUGAAAAGCGGAUUCUUAUUUCGCUGAAUUUGUAUCAUUUCAGUAGUUUAAUCGGUGUAUAUGACCUGGGUUUCUUAAUUUACGCUUUAAUUGUAGUGGGUUUUCGAUCAAAUAUGAAUUUGAGCUGCUUUCUGUGUGUUAGAAGGUGUACAGAAAUGGAAAAGUCGAUAGCUUCUUUUACUUGAAGUGAUUCAUGCUUUAAUUUAUGCCCGAUUUGGUGCUAACUUUUGUAUGUUCAAUGGAAAGAUCUGUCGAUUGUUCGAGUUUAUUCUCUCGUUUUUUUUCCUAAAGCGUUGCACUCAAAAAACUUGAUUUUGUAUGGUGGAAAUACAUUUGAAAGAGGGGAGAAGCGUGACAAGAUUGAAUUUUGAAGUUUCUGACUUUUGACCAAGUUUUCCGAAUCUUUAUCUAAAUUCACAACAAGUUUUUGCUUCUUUUGUUGACUGGAUUUCGAAAGAUUGAAAAUGGGGUGUUGUGCCUCCACGGGUAGUAGGGGUAGUGGUGGAAAAAAGAGAACAAGAAGAACAUUUUCCGAUCAUGUGAGUGCCUUUCACCACACUUCUUCUGUACCCAAUAGGAUUUUUGCAAAUGGGAAGAGCCGAAGUUCUUGCAUUUUUACUCAACAAGGUCGUAAGGGAAUAAACCAAGAUGCAAUGAUCGUGUGGGAGGAUUUUAUGGCGGAGGAUGUGACAUUUUGUGGGGUAUUUGAUGGGCAUGGGCCCCACGGACAUCUUGUUGCGCGUAAAGUUCGUGAUACGUUACCCGUAAAGUUGUUUUCGUUUCUUGAUUCAUAUGAAUCAAAGAAAAAAGGGUCUACUACUUCUAUUUGUUGCAAUGGGGAAAAUCAUGGAUUAGAGGCGGAUGAUUGUGAGGAGGAAAAACCGGAGUUAUUAUGGAGAGAAGCUUUUUUAAAAUCUUAUAAAGCAAUGGAUAAAGAGUUAAAGUCUCAUCCCAAUUUGGAUUGUUUUUGUAGUGGAAGCACCGCUGUGACAAUCGUUAAACAGGGAUUGAAUCUUUUUAUGGGAAGCAUCGGAGAUUCACGUGCCAUCAUGGCAUCUAAAGAUACCAACGAUUCACUCGUAGCAAUUCAGUUGACCAUUGACCUAAAGCCCGAUCUUCCAAGAGAGGCCGAAAGGAUUAAAAAAUGUAAAGGGAGAGUUUUUGCAUUACAAGAUGAACCGGAGGUCCCGAGAGUUUGGUUACCAUUUGAUGAUGCACCGGGGCUAGCAAUGGCACGAGCUUUUGGAGAUUUUUGUUUGAAGGAAUAUGGAGUCAUAUCAAUUCCUGAAGUCUCUCAUAGGAUUCUUACAGAAAGUGAUAAGUUCAUUGUUCUUGCUUCCGAUGGGAUUUGGGAUGUUUUGAGCAACGAACAAGUGAUUGAAAUCGUAUCCACAUCUCCAACUCGGUCAACAGCUGCCCGGAUGCUGGUUGACUCAGCUGCCCGUGAAUGGAAAUCCAAAUACCCGACAUCCAAAAUGGACGAUUGUGCGGUUGUAUGUUUGUUCUUAGAUGGAAAAAUGGAUUCAGAAUCCGAUAAUGAAGAACACGGUUUCUCUUCCGCCACACUCCAAAGUAAUGCUGGUGAAUCGGAUGAUGGUCAGAAUCCUGAACCCGUUUUGCAAAGAAAUUUCACAGUGAGAUCGGCGGAAGAGAGUAGAAAAGACCAAAACGACGUAGUUUUGGAAGGGAAUGGGGAAACUGAAACGGGUGUGGUUGAAGAUCAGAACUGGUCGGGUUUGGAAGGGGUCACGCGAGUCAACUCGCUUGUUCAACUUCCGAGAUUUUCAGAGGAGCAAUCAAGGACUUAAAAAAUAUUUCUUUCUUAAUGUUAGUUAUGAUUUGAUUUUGUGUUUUUUGGGAAGUUGGAAAAUGUAUAAUAUUUUCGCUAGGGUUGUUGGCAUUGCGUGGGAUGUGGAUUAUUUUAUCAUAUAAAAGAGUUUUCAAAUUCGUGCU